UGUCCCCUGGCCCGGGUCCCGGCGCCCCUCCCCGUGCCCUUCACGGCCGCCCUGCCCUCCCCGGGCCGCCGCUGCGUCCGGCGUUCCCGCUGUACCCGGCUCCGGCUCCCGCUCCCGACGCCGCACGUCUAUCCCGCUCGGGUAACUCAUUCCACUUUGGAGUCCUUUUAGUUCUACGGAAAGAGUUCGAAUCCUCCAGAAGCCAAAAUGGAACACAGUAAGCAGAUUCGAAUUUUACUACUGAACGAGAUGGAGAAGCUAGAGAAGACCCUCUUCAGACUUGAACAAGGAUUUGAACUACAGUUCCGAUUAGGCCCAACUUUACAAGGAAAAGCUGUCACUGUAUAUACAAAUUACCCAUUGCCUGGAGAAGCAUUUAAUCGAGAAAAGUUCCGUUCCUUGGAUUGGGAAAACCCAACGGAGAGAGAAGACGAUUCUGAUAAAUACUGUAAACUUCAUCUGCAGCAGUCUGGAUCUUUUCAGUACUACUUCCUUCAAGGAAAUGAGAAAAGUGGAGGAGGUUACAUAGUCGUGGAUCCUAUUUUACGCAUUGGAGUUGAUAACCACGUGUUACCCUUGGACUGUGUUACUCUGCAGACGUUCUUAGCAAAGUGCUUAGGACCCUUCGAUGAGUGGGAAAGCCGGCUAAGGGUGGCAAAGGAGUCAGGUUACAACAUGAUUCACUUCACCCCACUGCAGACUCUUGGACUGUCCCGGUCAUGCUAUUCCCUUGCCGAUCAGUUAGAGCUAAAUCCUGACUUCUCAAGGCCUAGUAAAAGAUAUACCUGGAGUGACGUUGGGCAGCUAGUGGAGAAGCUGAAAAGGGAGUGGAAUAUUCUUUGUAUUACCGAUGUGGUCUACAAUCAUACUGCCACUAAUAGUAAGUGGAUCCUUGAACACCCGGAAUCUGCAUACAAUCUUGUAAAUUCUCCACACUUGAAGCCUGCCUGGGUCCUAGACAGAGCACUCUGGCAUUUCUCCUGUGAUGUUGCAGAUGGGAAGUACAGAGAAAAAGGAGUCCCUGCUUUGAUUGAAAAUGACCAACACAUGAAUUGCAUUCGAAAAAUAAUUUGGGAGGACAUUUUCCCAAGGAUUCAACUCUGGGAGUUUUUCCAAGUAGAUGUUCACAAAGCAGUUGAACAAUUUAGAAGACUGCUCUCUCAAGAAAACAGAAGAGUAACUAAGUCUGAACCAAAAGAACAUCUUAAAAUUAUUCAGGACCCUGAAUACAGGCGGCGAGGCUGCGCUGUAGAUAUGGACACUGCUCUGGCGACUUUUAUACCACAUGACAAUGGGCCAGCUGCAAUUGAAGAGUGCUGUAACUGGUUCCGUAAGAGACUGGAGGAGUUAAACUCAGAGAAGCACCACCUCACCAGCUGUCACCAGGAACAGGCAGUUAAUUGUCUUUUGGGAAACGUGUUUUAUGAACGACUGGCAGGCCAUGGCCCUAAACUAGGACCUGUCACCAGGAAGUAUCCUUUAGUUACCAGGUAUUUUACUUUCCCCUUUGGAGAAAUGGCCUUAUCCGCAGAGGAAGCCCUGAUCCACCUCCCAGAUAAAGCGUGCUUCCUGAUGGCACACAACGGGUGGGUGAUGGGCGAUGACCCGCUCCGGAACUUUGCCGAGCCAGGUUCGGAUGUUUAUUUAAGGAGAGAACUUAUUUGCUGGGGUGACAGUGUUAAAUUGCGCUAUGGGAAUAAACCCGAGGACUGCCCUUAUCUGUGGGCACACAUGAAGAAAUACACCGAGAUAACUGCCACUCACUUCCAGGGAGUUCGUCUGGACAACUGCCACUCCACGCCUCUCCACGUGGCUGAGUACAUGCUGGAUGCUGCUAGGAAAUUACAGCCCAAUCUUUAUGUAGUGGCUGAGCUGUUCACAGGAAGCGAAGAGCUGGACAAUAUCUUCGUUACUAGACUGGGCAUCAGUUCCUUAAUAAGAGAGGCAAUGAGCGCGUAUAACAGUCACGAAGAGGGCAGACUGGUCUACCGGUACGGAGGGGAACCUGUCGGCUCCUUCGUUCAGCCCUGUUUGAGGCCGCUCAUGCCUGCUAUCGCGCAUGCCCUGUUUAUGGACAUCACCCACGAUAAUGAGUGUCCGAUUGUGCACAGAUCAGCCUAUGAUGCUCUUCCAAGUACCACAGUUGUUUCCAUGGCAUGCUGUGCCAGUGGAAGCACAAGAGGCUACGACGAGCUAGUGCCUCAUCAGAUUUCAGUGGUUGCAGAGGAGCGAUUUUACACUAAGUGGAAUCCUGGGGCAUCACCGGCAGAUACAGGGGAUGUUAAUGUCCAUAGCGGGAUUAUUGCAGCCAGAUGUGCCAUCAAUAGGCUCCAUCAAGAGCUUGGAGCCAAGGGUUUCAUUCAAGUGUAUGUGGAUCAAGUGGAUGAAGACAUAGUGGCUGUAACCAGGCACUCCCCGAGCAUCCACCAGUCUGUUGUGGCUGUAUCGAGAACUGCUUUUAGGAAUCCCAAGACUUCCUUUUACAGCAAAGAAGUGCCUCAGAUGUGCAUCCCUGGCAAAAUUGAAGAGGUAGUUCUGGAAGCUAGAACUAUUGAAAGGAACACAAAACCUUAUAAGAAAGACGAGAACUCGAUCAAUGGAAUGCCGAACAUGACAGUGGAACUUAGAGAACACAUCCAGCUUCAUGAAAGUAAAAUUGUCAGACAAGCUGGAGUUGCCACAAAGGGUCCCAAUGAAUAUAUUCAGGAAAUAGAAUUUGAGAACCUAUCUCCAGGAAGUGUUAUUAUAUUCAGAGUUAGUCUCGAUCCACACGCUCAAGUUGCUGUGGGGAUUCUUCGGAACCACCUGACCCAGUUCAGCUCUCACUUUAAGUCCGGAAGCCUUGCUGUUGACAACGCAGAUCCUAUAUUAAAAAUCCCCUUCGCUUCCAUUGCCUCUAAAUUGACUUUGGCUGAGCUAAACCAGGUACUUUACCGAUGUGAAUCAGAAGAACAAGAAGACGGUGGCGGUUGCUAUGACAUACCAAACUGGUCAUCACUUAAGUACGCAGGACUUCAAGGAUUAAUGUCCGUGUUGGCAGAAAUAAGACCGAAGAAUGACCUGGGGCAUCCAUUCUGUGAAAACUUGAGGUCGGGAGACUGGAUGAUCGACUACGUGAGUGGUCGGCUUAUUUCAAGAUCAGGAAGUAUUGCUGAGGUUGGUAAAUGGCUGCAGGCUAUGUUCUUCUACCUGAAGCAGAUCCCACGCUACCUCAUCCCCUGCUACUUUGACGCUAUAUUGAUUGGUGCAUACACCACUCUGCUGGAUGUAGCGUGGAAACAGAUGUCAAGCUUUGUUCAGAACGGAUCCACCUUCGUGAAGCACCUGUCACUGGGUUCUGUCCAGAUGUGUGGAGUCGGGAAAUGCCCUUGUCUGCCGCUGCUUUCUCCCUCGCUCCUGGAUGUGCCGUGCAGGUUAAAUGAGAUCACAAAGGAGAAGGAGCAGUGCUGUGCCUCCUUAGCUGCAGGCUUACCUCACUUUUCUUCCGGUCUUUUUCGCUGCUGGGGGAGGGACACUUUCAUUGCCCUUCGAGGGAUGCUGCUGGUUACUGGACGCUACCUGGAAGCCAGGAACAUCAUUUUAGCGUUUGCUAGUACCCUGCGGCACGGUCUCAUCCCUAACCUCCUCGGCGAAGGGACAUAUGCCAGGUACAACUGCCGGGACGCCGUGUGGUGGUGGCUGCAGUGCAUUCAGGACUAUUGCAGGACAGUUCCAAACGGCCUGGACAUCCUCAAAUGCCCGGUGUCCAGGAUGUAUCCAACAGAUGACUCCGCACCCUUGCCUGCUGGGACACUGGACCAGCCUUUGUUUGAAGUCAUCCAGGAAGCUAUGCAGAGGCACAUGCAGGGCAUCCAGUUCCGAGAGAGGAACGCCGGUCCACAGAUCGACCGAAACAUGAAGGACGAGGGUUUCAACAUAACUGCGGGGAUUGAUGAAGAAACAGGAUUUGUUUAUGGAGGAAAUCGCUUCAACUGUGGCACGUGGAUGGAUAAAAUGGGAGAGAGUGACCGAGCUAGGAACAGAGGGAUCCCAGCCACUCCAAGAGAUGGGUCUGCUGUGGAAAUCGUGGGCUUGUGUAAAUCUGCUGUUCGUUGGUUGCUGGAAUUGUCUAAGAAAAAUAUCUUUCCUUAUCAUGAAGUCAGAGUAAAAAGACAUGGAAAGGUUGUGGCAGUCUCGUACGAUGAGUGGAACAGAAAAAUACAAAACAAUUUCGAAAAGCUGUUUCAUGUUUCCGAAGACCCUUCAGAUCCUAACGAGAAGCAUCCGAACCUGGUUCACAAACGCGGCAUCUACAAGGACAGCUAUGGUGCGUCGAGUCCUUGGUGUGACUAUCAGCUCAGGCCCAACUUCACCAUAGCAAUGGUCGUGGCCCCUGAACUCUUUACUGCUGAGAAGGCUUGGAAGGCUUUGGAAAUUGCAGAAAAAAAAUUGCUUGGUCCCCUUGGCAUGAAAACUUUAGACCCAGAUGACAUGGUUUACUGUGGAGUUUAUGAUAAUGCCUUAGACAAUGACAACUACAACCUUGCUAGAGGCUUCAAUUACCACCAAGGACCUGAGUGGCUGUGGCCAAUUGGGUAUUUUCUUCGUGCAAAGUUGUAUUUUUCCAAAAUGAUGGGUCCAGAGACUGCUGCGAAGACUGUAUUUUUGGUUAAAAAUGUUCUUUCUAGACAUUAUGUUCAUCUUGAGAGAUCCCCAUGGAAAGGCCUUCCGGAGCUCACCAAUGAGAACGGCCAGUACUGCCCUUUCAGCUGUGAGACACAGGCGUGGUCAAUGGCUGUUGUUCUGGAAACCCUCUAUGAUUUAUAGUUGGCUCAUAAAUAGUAAUUGUGUGAACACUUGACAUUAUUGAAUGCAAGGUCAUAAAGAAAUGUAAGCUCAACUCAUUUUAAAAAUCUCAUUCAUAGCCAGGGAAUGGUGGUACACGCCUUUAAUCCCAGCUCUCAGGAGGCAAAGGCAGGCAGAUCUCUUGAGUUCAAGGCCAGCCUGGUCUACAGGGAAAGUUCCUGGAUAGCCAGGGCUACACAGAGAAGCCUGUGUCUAAAAAAUAAAAACAAAACAAAAAAUUAUUGAUCUCUUUUUGGCUUUUUUCUUGAAGACUAUCAUGUGUGCCACCGUACCCAGUGUCUGCAGUGCUGGGGAUCACGCGGGACAUCAUGCGUAUUAGCCGAGCUCUCUACCAACUGAACCUCAUCCUGCGCCUGUCUUUUUCUACAUUCUGCUGAUUUGAAUCAGAAAGAAAUAUGAUCAUUUCCCAUAGAAGGUUACCAAAAAAGUAUUCUUCAAAGCAGGGUUUAAAACAAAAAAAGGAAAGAAAGAAAAGCGUGUAUCAUCUUCAGUUUGGAGGAAGAGAGAGGUGAUCCUAAGUCCUGCUGUCUGUUGGCGCACUCCAAGGCUGGGCUUCAUGGCUGCCCUGCCGUCUGGUAACAGCAGUCCUUUUUGUUUGUUUGUUUUGAUUUUUCGAGACAGGGUUUCUCUGUAUAGCCCUGGCUGUCCUCAAACUCAGAAAUCCGCCUGCCUCUGCCUCCCAAGUGCUGGGAUUAAAGGCGUGCACCACCAUGCCCGGCUCUACAGCAGUCAUAAAACCAUGCCUAAUGCAGUCAGUACACACUUGGUAAUUGCUUUAUGAAUGUAGAAUUAUGGAAGCUUCCACCCACAGUAUAUGUUCAUAGAUGGAGCACAGAGCUUCAAAAUGUGCUUUAUUUUUAACAGAUAAGUUAUGUUUUUAAUAUAAUAAAUGCCAACUAUACUUAACAUAACCUAUUUGUGUUAAAGAAUAAUUGGACAUAAUAAAACAGGCCACCAGGACAUAAAGCAAUUCUGUUAAAUUCCAGUUUCCCACUAUGAGAUAGUUUACAUUUUCAAAAUGGAAAUUACUGGGCAUAUUUAUGGAAUUUUUCAAGGGGAAAAAAGCCUAGAGUCGUACCUUGAUGACAGAGUGUUUGCUUAGCAUGUGUCAAGCCCUUCGUACUAUCCCUAAAACCAUCAAGAGAGAAAGAAGGGAGUGUGAGAGGGGAGGGAGGGGGGAAAGAGAGGAAAGAUUUAAAAUAGCCAUAUUAGGUUAUCUAUAAUGGGGUCACCAUCCACCUCAGAAAAUGGGCAGUGCUCCUACUGAGGGCUAUCAAUGAAAGACCUGUGCUGUGCUGUGCUUUGCACUGUCUAUUUGAAAGUCUCAGAAGGUAUGGUUUACCUUAUCCCAGCCACUGUAAUUAAGUGAAUGCUUUUAGACUGUGAAAGGAUAGUUGCCAUUUGGCCUAAGAGCACUUAGGCAGAGCGCUUCAUUCCCGUGUGAUGCUGCAUACCGUUGUUUUUAUUUACAAUCCCAAAUGCUCUGUGCCUUGGUUUUUCACUCGCCAAAACCAACCUUACUCUACUAAAUGAAAUGCAAUCUUACCAGUUUAACCAGUAUGCUGUGAUAUUGUAGUGAGUCUCAGAGAUGACUGUGGAAACAGGAGGCCUGUCAUUUCAAUGAGCACCAUCACCUAAGCGGUAAUCAUUUCUCCUGUGUCUUAAACUGCUCUGACUCCUGAGCAAGUGUUCAUGUCUGUGUGUCAAAAUAAAAGUUUUUUCUAAAGGACUCUCUUUGCUUUCCUCCAUGGUUUUUACUGUACAUUUCCCUGUCGUCAUGAGUGGUGUGCAGAGACUCACCUUUUAUUAAAGUAGCUGUGUGAAGUAAGCUUUCGGUGUAUCCCUAAGUCUGUUAGCAUCUACUCCUUUGGUAUAUCUUGAGUACGGUGAAUCUUUAUUUACGUUUUACUUACCAACUCACAAAUACUGUAGCAAAUGGAUGUGAACAUUUACUUUCUGAAAAAGCCAGACAAUUUUUGUUUUCAAUUAUACUACUGAGCAAUCUAAGCAUGUAGAAUAUCUUCUAAUAACCAAAGCUGGUCCAUUCUGGUUUUGCUUUGCUUACUGUUGCUUCAAUGUUUUUAGAGCAGAUGUUUUUGGUUUUUUGGUUUUUUUGUUUUUUCUAAUAUAUGUGGCUUCAUUGUUUUAAUUGGUGUGGGUAUCUAACUUACAAAGCUUUUACAUUUUCUUUAACUGGGCCUCAUGUGGUCCCGAGUAGCUCUUGUAAACUUAGUCGGACAGUAAGUCAAUAAACUCUGCUUGUUUCCUCCUGAGCCUAUGUGUGCCCGGUAGCCACAUCUCGUACAUCUGCAUCAGGUUCAGUGGUUGGUCUUUCCCCCAGGUUACCGUAGUCCAGCGUCAUGAGUUGAAUGUGAUCCGUGGUGAUAUCUUCUACAGACAUUCAGGUUUUCUUUCCUUGUUACCUGCCUCUGUUCACUUGUUUAACUCUUCUUGUCUAUUCACCCCCAGGCUCUGCGCCACCCCAACUCUAUUCUGGGGACUAAUCCCGUGGCCCGCUUUAGGCUUGCUGGGAAGGUGCCUAGCACUGAGCUAACCCCUCAGCUCCUGGGUUUGGCUCCUUUGUUUCAGUGUUUGCUAAACCCUUUUCCACCCUUCUCACCAGUCCCUACCUUUUGUUUUCAAAGCCUUGCUCCAUACUUGUAGCUGUUUGUUUUUCUUCAGUGUUUUUCCAAGUCCCAAAAUUGUUAGUACUUUUAAUUAAAUUGUGUGGAUGCUAUAAAUAAAUUUGAUAAGUACCAACAUUUACUUAAAGUCACACAAUAGUGAAACAUUGGGACAAAAUUCAGCCCCUCAUCUUCAAAUCAGAAAUCCUCUUUGGUAGAUCCUUAUACGUUCACAGGUCCAGCUGUGGCUGGCGUCAGCUGCCCCUGAUUGUGGGAAGCAUUAGAUCCUGUCCUGAAGGAGUCUGGGUACCCACUUAGUGUCCUCUGGUCAAAAUGUUUCUAGCCUGUAUUCCUGGGUAAACAUUCAGAAUGACAUUGCCAAGCACAGGCUAAGUUACACCACUGGAGUACCUUUGCAAAUAGAAAUGUCCUAUCAAAGAUGACACCGGUGAUCAAAGAGUUGGGACUAGGAAUUUUAGCCAGGAAUUAAAUCUCACGCUCGGUGUGCUAAUUAAAUAACUGGGGGGCGGGGGGCUUGAGGGGGUGAGCAAGUCCUGUCUGUGGAAGCUGACUAGUAAAUAUGGCACUUAAUUCUGCCAAUGUUCAGGUCAAGCAAUUUAAGGCAGUUAGCAUAUUUUGAAAGUAGGGAACUGUUGUUUUGUUUUGAGACACAGUCUCACUUUAUAGCCCAGGGUUGGCCUGGAACUCAUUUUGUAGUCUAGUCGGUCUUCAAACUCAAGGCAGUCCUCCUGCCUUAACCUUCCAAGUGCUGGGAUUAUAGACCUAAACCGUAGUGUCCAGAUACUGCUCAGUUUUAAUAGAUACACUAUAGGGAGGAAUGCUCCAAAAAAGAUUCAUCUUGUAAUAACGUGAGCAUAGUUCAGGUCAGCCGGCCUGGUUGAUCUCAGCUCCUUCACUCAGGGCGAGGGCUAGCUCAGUUCCUCUGCCCUGGCUGUGAUAGUACUGGGUAGAGCAGCAGUCUUCAACCUGUGGGUCACAUGUCAGAUGUCUGCAUUAUGAUUCGUAACAGUAGCAACAUUGCAGUCUUGAAGUAGCAACAAAAUAACUCGUGGUGUCUGCAUGAGGAACUGUGUUAAGGGUCCCGGCGUUAGGAAGGUAUCUGUUGAGGAUUGUGCUUUCCUCUCGCCCUGAUGUUGUCUUUGCUUCCCUGGCUCCCCUUUCUCGCCUUUCCUCCUCUUAUGUCUGGCAGCAUUUUCUCACUGAAGGAACUGUCAACAUGAACCUCUCUCUCUCACUCACUCUCAUUCUCUCUCUCUCUCUCUCUCUCUCUCUCUCUCUCUCUGUCUCUCUGUCUCUCUCUCUGUCUCUGUCUUGCACACACACACACAAAAUGACAAACUCUUCCCCCCCCCCCAUCCAAAAAGAAAUCUACCUGUAUUUCAACAAUAGAUUAAUGCUGAAAUUUUGACUCAUACAAACUAAGGGUUUUUUCUUAAACUCGUAGAUUAUUAAUUUGAAUAACGUACAGAGAAUUUUAAGUUUGCUUAAGAUCUCUUUGGAUAAGAACACCUAUUAAAAAAUAUUUGAGGGGGCUGGUGAGAUGGCUCAGAGGGUUAGAGCACCCGACUGUUCUUCCGAAGGUCCAGAGUUCAAAUCCCAGCAACCACAUGGUGGCUCACAACCAUCCGUAACGAGAUCUGACUCCCUCUUCUGGAGUGUUUGAAGACAGCUACAAUGUACUUACAUAUAAUAAAUAAAUAAAUCUUUAAAAAAAAAUAUUUGAGGACUAGAGUUUUGUCACAAAGAUAAAACUCCAACCGCCUUCACAUUACUUCCUUCUGGACGUGGAAGCUGGGUAAACAGGAGAGUUACUUCCUUCUUGUAAAAUGUUUGUACUGGAGAUGUUGAAAGGCCAGCUCUGUGUUCUCAGGACUGUAAAUUAUCUAAGCAUUUUGAUGGAUCGGGCUGGCUUAAUUUCCUCCCUCUAGUUAAAAAGAAAUGCAGUUGUUUACAUCUUGCUUGUAGCUAAUCUUAAAAGAGAGCCCUGUUUCACUCAGGUCUUCAGGGCACGUGUGCUACAGAAUUUUUUGGAAAUGUGUGACUUGCGCAAAGCUUGGUGGUAGAGCACUUGCCUAGAAUGUGUGAAGAAGUCCUGUGUGUGUGUUUAAAAUGUACUUUUUAAUAAAACUUUUUAA